AUGAGUGGAAAAGGUGAAGAAGGGAAAUCAGAAGCUCCCCGUCUGAAUGAGAGAAUUUUGUCAUCUCUGUCCAGAAGACAGGUUGCAGCACAUCCAUGGCAUGAUCUUGAGAUUGGACCUGAGGCACCCCACAUUGUCAAUUGCGUCGUUGAGAUAACAAAGGGAAGUAAGGUUAAAUAUGAACUUGACAAGAAGACUGGACUCAUUAAGGUUGAUCGAAUCUUGUAUUCUUCUGUGGUCUAUCCCCAUAACUAUGGUUUCAUCCCUCGCACACUUUGUGAAGAUAAUGACCCAUUGGAUGUUCUAAUUCUCAUGCAGGAACCAGUUCUUCCAGGUUGUUUUCUUCGAGCCAGGGCCAUUGGACUUAUGCCUAUGAUUGAUCAGGGAGAAAAAGACGACAAGAUAAUUGCAGUGUGUGCUGAUGACCCAGAGUACAGGCACUACACUGACAUCAAACAACUUCCCCCUCAUCGGCUUGCUGAGAUCCGACGCUUUUUUGAAGAUUACAAGAAGAACGAAAACAAGGAGGUUGCAGUGAAUGAGUUCUUACCUCCAACUACUGCCCUUGACAUCAUCCAGACCUCAAUGGACCUUUAUGCUGAAUACAUUUUGCAUAGCCUGAGGAGAUAG